AUGUUACUAUCGAAAUGGCGUGCUGGGGUCCUACACCGACAGGUACGGUAUCUGCAAACCGUACUCAAUUGGCCAUUCCAAUCGGAAAUCAAAAUUAGUGAAAAAAUGAAAUCACUCGAAGAGUCGUGGUCGAAAAAGUUGAUGGAGCAUUUUGAGAAUCAAAAAACGAUACCGUGCCGCCUGAAUGAGAAGAAAUACAUCCUUUCAAUGUUCCCAUAUCCAUCGGGACGUCUUCAUAUCGGCCACAUGCGUGUUUAUACGAUUUCCGAUGCGACCGCCCGUUAUUAUCGAUUGAAUGGAUAUCGAGUGAUUCAUCCGAUCGGAUGGGACUCAUUUGGAUUACCGGCUGAAAAUGCGGCUAGAAAUAAUGGGGUUGAUCCGAGAGAAUGGACCAUUCAAAACAUUGAAACAAUGAGAAGACAGUUGAAAGCGACGCAGUUGCGGAAUGUCCUAGUUGCGAAAUGUCCUAUUUUUCGUCAGAUUCAAUUCGACUGGAAUCGUGAAAUCUCAACAUGUGAACCGGAAUUCUAUCGUUGGACCCAAUGGAUAUUUUGUCGUCUUUUCGAGAAUGGACUCGUUCGACGAACACAGGCAGAAGUCAAUUGGGAUCCAAUCGAUCAGACGGUCUUGGCUGCAGAACAAAUCGAUAAUGAGGGAAGGAGUUGGAGAAGUGGAGCGGUUGCGGAGAAGAAGAAAUUGAGAAAAUCGACUACAAACUACACAAAUUGCAGCCAGUGGAUGAUCGAAACGCCCAAAUACGCGAAACGUCUCCAGGAAGGCCUUCGAAAAAUGUCUGAGCAAUGGGGCGAAGUUGCUGACAUCCAAGCGAAUUGGAUCGGAAAAUGUGACGUAUUUCGAUUCAUGCUUCCGGUGAUUGGCACAGAAAACGAAUUUAUCGAUUUGAGGAUUCGUGAUAUUUUUGAAAUUUCGAAUGCAGAGUUUCUGGUCCUGAAACGGGCCCAUCCGAUGGCUGAUAAGACCCAGGAACAGUUUCCAUACAAACUACCAUUCGAAGUGCUUAACGGAGUAACUGGCCGUCGAAUUCCAGCGAUUGUUGUCGACGAUGACUACCUUCCAGACACUGAAUUCUUCUUAAAUACCAGAAUUGGAAAUUUCAAAACUGAUAAAGAAUUAGCAGAGAAAUUCAGAGUCCAAGAGCCGAAACUCAAGCGGGUGUUGACCAAAAAUGAUAUUCAGGAGAUGGCGGCGGUAUCUAGCUCUCAAAAUUUCAAAAAAUCGAUAAUCGAUUUUUGUUUGCAGUUCGGCGGCUACGGUGGCUACGAAACGUCGAGAACGUUAACCGAUUGGGUUGUGAGUCGACAGCGAGCAUGGGGAACGCCGAUUCCGAUGAUUCAAACAGAAAAUGGAAGACGAGCCGCUGCGAAAUUGGAAAAAUUGCCAGUUUUGGGAACGGAUCGGGGGCAGAAAGUCGAUGAGAAGAGAUUUGAAACCGCUGGAACUUUUGAUUCUGACACUUUGGACACUUUCUUUGAUUCGUCGUGGUUAGUGUGGGAAAGAGAGACUACAAACUACAAAAAAAAUUGGAAAAAAAAUCUGAAAAUCUACAAUUUUAAACAAACUACAAGAUGUAGACUACAAACUACAAAAAAAACCGAAAUUGGAAGGGGUUCGAUAUUUGAAAGUUUACAAAAAGCAAGAAAAAACAAUAUCUGGACUACAAAGUAUAAACUACAAACUACAAAAAUUCUGUAUUAUCUCCGCUAUUUGGAUCCAAAAAAUGCGUCAAAACUCGCUGACGACGUAUUUCUGAAGGAAAUGCCAGUUGAUGUAUACGUUGGAGGCAUCGAACACGCUGCUGUUCACAUGUUCUUCGCCAGAUUUGUCUCGUAUUUCUUGAAUGACAUUGGAGUGAUUCCCACCGCCGAACCAUUCACCGAUUUAAUCCCACAAGGAAUCGUCCGCGGCAGGACUUUCAUCGAAAAAUCCAGCGGAAAAUACCUAUCUCCAGACGAUGUGGAAUACUCAGAUGACCAAAAAUCGAUACGGCUAAAAUCGAAUCCUACUGUAGAGGUGGAAUCGAUUUACGAAAAAAUGAGCAAAUCGAAGAAUAAUGGAGUGGAUUUGGUGGAACUGUUGACGACGGAUGGCAUCGAUUUGACGAGAUUGAGGAUUCUCGAAGCAGCUGCUCCACGAGCACCGAUCAAUUGGGGAGAGACGGAUUUGAAGGGGGCUAAGGUAUACUGUACUUUCAGAAAUUACAAAAAAUUUGACUUGAAAACGAAAAGAAAGAUUUUGGACGAGGGGAGGAGUCGAACCAGGGAUGUGAGAUCGGUGGGCAAAACUCUGCGCCAGUCGGCCACACAGCACACUGUGGAGAGACGCAGAGAGCGCGCCUAUAUAAGCUGCUGCCGGCGUUAUUGCCCUCCUGGGCCCGUGGCCGAGUGGAGAGUGCGCUUGCCUAUCAAUCAGAAGGUCACGGGUUCGAUUGCUCCCGGGGUUAAAACUUUUUUCUUUUUUUUUGCAAAUAAAUUCAAGAAAUCCAAAACUGGAAAUUGCAAAAUUUUUCACAAUUUUUUUCAGAAACUUCUCGAUCGAAUCGCCACAAUGACAUCUGAUGUCAUUAAAUCACGAGUAGCAUCUUCAGAAUUCAAAAAAGACCCAAACAUCGACUCCCAAAUCAAAGAAACCUAUAAUUUCUUCGUUCGAAACGUCGGAAUGUGUCUAGAAGUCCUUCAUCUACAUAAUACCGCUUUGAUGAGACUUCAGGGAUUCACAAACGCGUUAAAAAAAAUCGAUCCGGUUUACUUGGCGAAUAGCGAGGAAGGAAUUCGAGCUGUUCGAUCGUUGAUAAUUAUGCUGCAAGUUUUCUGUCCCCACGUGGCUGCUGAAAUGUGGACGGCCCUGGAGCCCGAUUCCGGCCUAAUUUUGACCCAAAAUUGGCCUGAAAUCGACGCCGACGCCGACGUGGAAUUCCUUCUGAUGAUUGACGGCGUCAGUGGAGGACGUCCAAGUGUUGGAAGACAGAAAAUUGAAAAUUUGAGAUUAGAGGAUUUAUGGAAGAGGGCGGAGCUUAACGAGCACUCGGAUAUUUUAAAAAUGAUUAAAGCCGAUGGAAUUGUGUUGAAGGAUCAUAGGUUUUCAGCGAGAAAAGGCUUCCAUGUGACACUGGCAUGCAAUACUGAAGGUGAUAAAGACGAAAAUCGCAAGAAAAUCGGCAAAAUUUUGGACCGGAUUCAAGCGGAAAAACGAAAAUCCGACAAGAAGAAGAAGGCGAAAAAGGCGGCGAAAUAA